UAAAAGUGAAACAGAAUUGGCAGGCGCUUUCAGUUUGGAUUCAACUAUAUCUCGUGAAAGAUCGGAACGGAGAUGAAGUUUUUCGGAAUAGUAGUACUUUCCUUGUUCAUUUUCAUAGUCGGGACUGAAGCUCGACGACUGUCCCUCCGCCCGCUGUCAGCUGAGGAGCUUAGAAGUGCUCUUGAUGAGUCCGGCAUUGGAGCCUACAGUCCGGCUGGAAAAUCCGUAGUCUCCGGCUUGACGGGUCUUAGUGGCCUUGCCUUGGGAGUUGUAAAGGGUAUUGGUGGCUCUAUUCUCUUCGAUGUGGUUACCUCGAACGUCACCAUGGAGUACCUCACGAGCCUGCUAAACUCCACCGCAUCCUCGAGUACUUCCAGUAGCAGUGGCACCGCUCAGGAAAUUUGUUUCAACAGCCGGAGUGUCGAUAGAGAUAUUAUCAAAGGGAGGAGCAACGACAAGCACGACGAUGGUGUAGAUCCCUCGGGAGAGUGGCGACAAGCCCCAACAACUUCCUCGAUUCCAACAGAUGCGACAAUUCCAACAACUUCGACUGAUAUUACCUACACAGGUACCUACACAGGACCUACUUCUUCUUCUCCUACCACAACCUCGAGCGGUAAGACCUGUAUUGUCUUGGGAUCCAAGCUGGGGAUCCGGAGACGGCGUCAGCUGGAGAUUAGACCCGGAACAUUACGGUCUAGGUCCUAUACACUUCGUAAAUCUAGUCGGAAUCGGCACACCAGAAGAAACAAGUUUUAA